UGUUGGCAAAACAUUAAGUCUGUUUUCUCAGUUCAAACAAAACGUGCUUACAAUAAUUUUGAUUUUCGAAUUUAAAUAAUAACACACAGCAUGACAGAAAUAGAAGGUUACAAAGUUGUGCCACUACGAAUAACGCCUGAUGCCAAAAAUUGUCACAGCAUUUACAUGCGGGAACACUUUAUCCGAUUAAUGGAUCCCAACAAACCGAAAGGACGCACUUUGUUUUUACUUAACGUACCUCCCUAUGUUACGGAAACUAGUCUGCAAACAUUCUUCAAAUGCGCCGGUAACGUGGAGAGUGUAUUGUUUGCCGCUAAACCAGGACGCGAUGAAACCGCCAAAUGGUAUGAGGGCAUGGAAGUGCCCUUUUCAAAUGCACAAACGCCUUUUAAGUUCAAAGUGGCCUACGUAGUGUUCCAGAAGGGCAGCAGCAUUGGCAGGGCCCUGGCUAUACAGAGUAUUGAUUUGUACAACAGCAGCGGCGAAUCCCUUAUUAAAACAGGCAUGGAAUUGUGGCACGACGAGUACGAGAAUAACUUUAUACUGGAUGUGGCGAAGACGCAGGCCAAGAUCGACGCAUACAUGGCUGAUUACGAUAAACGCGAACGUGCCGAACUGGAGGCAGCCAAAACCAGUGAAGCAGAUGCAGAUGGUUGGGUCACAGUGGGCAAGGAGGGACGCAAUGCGGGCUUCGAGCAAAAGGAAUCGGUAAUUGGACGACUCGAGAACAAGCUGGCAAAGGACAAAAAAACCAAGGAACUCAAAAACUUUUAUACAUUUCAAAUACGUGAAAGUAAAUUGCAAAACAUUGUAGAGUUGCGUAAGAAAUAUGAAGAAGACAAGCGUAAAAUUGAGUUAUUGAAACAAUCAAGAAGAUUUAGACCUUUUUAGUAGUCCAAUUAAAAUGUGUAUAAGAAUAAAAUAAAGAUAAUAUGCUAACUUA